UGCAGGGUUCCAGGAUGUGCGCGACAUACAAGUGCAGGGGUCAGGAGUGCACGACAUACAGAUGCAGGGUUCAGGAGUGCACGACAUACAGAAGUGCAGUGUUCCGGAGUGCAUGACAUACAGAGUGCAGGGUUCAGGAGUGCGCGCGAAUAUACAGAGUGCAGGGUUCAGGAUGCGCGACAUACAGAAGUGCAGUGUUCAGGAGUGCAUGACACAGGUCCAGUCAGGGUGCAGGGUUCAGGAGUGCACAUGACAUACAGAGUGAUGCAGGGUUCAGGAGUGCACGACAUACAGAGUGCAGGGUUUUCAGGAGUGCACGACAUACAGAGUGCAGUGUUCA